AUGUUCCGACUGGAUGGAAAAAUUGCCCUCAUUACCGGUCUCGGCCAGACCACCGAGGAUGGUUGGGGCAUUGGCGCGGCAAUCGCGAUGAAGCUUGCACAGCAAGGCGCGUCUAUUUUUGGAAAAAAACGCACAUUGACCGCGGCUGAGAGAGCCAAAGCUUGA